ACACACUUAACAAAUCAAGUGUACUCUCCUCGGGAAUUAGAUCUUUCCCAAUCAGUCAUGUUGCAAUAUGACACCCAGUUAGAUUAUCAUAUUGUAAAGAUCUCAAAAGCUUGCUAAGACCUUGUUCAUUAUAUUUGAGGAUCAGUAAACAUGUAUAUACAGCUGUAAAUAUGGUCAGUUAUUGGAUGACUACAGUAAAGGCACAAACAUUGCAACCAUGCACUUCAAACUUUACAAGACUCUUCUGGUUGACAGAUGACAGGCUUGCUUCCCACAGGCAAGGAUCAUUCAGGAUCCAAACGAGUUACAUCGUGGCCUGAAAGUCAUCAAAUGAUCUUGUGAUAUUGAUAAUAUUGAUAGGAAAAAAUAGAAACAAAGGAAAAAAAUCAGGUACUUUUUAUUUCACUUAAAUGAUAAACCGCCUUCAAUUUUGAAGGUUUUUAACCCAGAAUAAGACACCAGGACAAUCAAGCAUGAAAACUCUCUUUUUUUAUUUAAUCACUUACUAUAAUCAGUUGUCCCUAUACUUAUUGAUAUUUCUAUUCUUUUAUUCACCUUCUCACUUAUUUACUGCCGUUUUACAAAUAAUGAUUUGUCUGUUUGUUUAUUUGUUAGAGUAGCUCCUCCAUUUGAGGUUGUCCUGUACUAGAGCCCAAUCUCCCUCGACAAACAAUUUUCAACAUGGCGUUCACGCGUAGACAUCCGAUUAGAUCUACAACAUUUCUUCACCUGUCCCGUGUAGUUUCGAUGAUGUAUUUCAGAUAGAUAAAGUUUAAAUUCUGAGCCAUGACGGAAGAAUCGAGAUUUUCCAUUGUUUCACCAGAGUCGGUGAAACUGUACGCAGAAAUUUGCGGCGUUCAGACUUUGACAGACGAUCUUGCCAGCUCCUUGGCUGAGGAUGUGACUUACAGACUUCGCGAGACGCUCCAGAGCGCCUCGCAGUUCAUGAAACAUGCUAAGCGUAGACGGCUGUCAAGCGAAGACUUCAACAAAGCGUUAGAAAAGAGUAGUACAGAGCCAAUCUAUGGUUACGGAUCCAUGGAGGACAUGUUGUUUCGAAGUGCACCAACUAAAGAUGGGGACAUUUUCUUUGUUGAAAACAAGGAGAUCAGUUUGCGAGAGCUGGCAAUGAAUGUGGUUAUACCCACUGACCCCGGGCAGAGGAGUGUUAAAGCAAAUUGGUUGUCUGCUGAGGGUACAGCACCUGCUGGAAGUUAUGCUCAACCAAGUAUGGGGCGAGUUAACAGUGAUGGAGGCACUGUCCAGCGUCCCCUCUCUCAGGUGUGUUUGAGUUACUAUGAGCAGAUAACAAAGGCAGUUUUGGGUGAUGAUGAACAAUGCAACAGAGUGGCUCUGAGGGAUCUGAAAACAAAUCCAAAAAUCUCUUCCUUACUGGCAUAUUUUGUGAACUUUGUUGCAUCGGGGGUGAAGAUCUACAGCCAUGACUUGAUGCAAGUAAGCAAGUUGUUGAGUAUGGUCAACUCACUGAUUGACAAUUCAUCGCUAUUCCUUGAGCCUCAUGUUAUUCAACUGGUGACAGCAGUCAUGUAUUGUCUGCUUGAGUCUUUAGCUGCUUCUCUGAACCCAAAAAACGACCACUGGGGAUUGAGGGAUGAAGCAGCUUCCAUUCUGGCUCGCAUUAGCAGAAAAUGCAGCAAUCCAGUAAACUACUUGAGACAGCAGCUAUUAAUGACACUACAGGAGGUGUUAUUAGAUGACGGGCGGCCGUUCUGUUCCCAUUAUGGUGCUGUGGUAGGAUUGACUGAACUGGGACCAGAGGCCUUAGAGCAGUAUGUGAUGCCACAUCUCCGAACCUAUUGGACACAGCUUCAGCAAGUGUUAGACGACAAUAGCCAAUCAAAUGCGCUGCUUCAAGAGGAAGCUUACCAAGUUUAUGGCGCUCUUUUGCAGGCCGCUGGUUGUCUGUUGAAAUCCAAGCAGCAUGGCGUGCCUAUGACUUCCCUCGGUUUUCAAGUCAACAACUCGCACCCAGCCCUACGCACCAAUCUAUCUCCGUGGGCUGGAGCGAGCGUACAUCAGCGCCCAGCACCCGUGGCAAAGUCCCGAUCCCGGUCAAGUUCGACUGGUCUCGCUUCGAAUCCCUUUCAGUUGUACCAGCAGCUGUACGAUGUGUUCGGCGAUAGUCUAGGUCCCAGGACUGCACACAACAACUGGCAAGACGCGGUUGUCACCAAAACUAACCAGCUUCGGCUGCAACCAUUUGCACAUGCGUACUUUCCCUUACGACCUCUGCCGCGUGAUGCAAAUAUUAUCAAAGAGUUGAUUAACAAAGCCAAAGAGAAAUUACAGACAUCUGGUUCACAAAAUAACACUUUUGGUACCAAAAGGAAGAGGACUUUUGACGAAGCAUCAAAUAAGGGUUCAAAAGACAGACCUAAGAGCAAAAGGAUCUGUUUGACUUUGAGGCCCUCUUUCGUGAAGAUCUCUCUUGCGCCUAUGGAUUUGGAUCCUGAGGAACUCGGUUCAUCGCGAGGCACAACGGUGGGAAUAUCUAGGAGGAGCAGUCAGAAGGGGCUUGUAAAAGUUCCGAGACAUGUUCAGCGAGUGACAAACUGUGCUGUUGAAACUGGACGCAUUCGAAGAAAGUCAAGAAAACAAAAUCCCUCGCUCAGUAACAGAGUCAAGUUCGACUAUCAUAUUGGUGUCACUUUAUAACACCGCUAUUCUUGUCCUUGAGAAAUACCUCAAGAUAACAAUGUUCAUGUAAAUAUAACUCGGACUAAAUAUUUACGAUGGGUAUUUAUGCAUGGUCGCGCUUCUUUUCCGUGAAGUUGAUUGGAACUAUUUCUUUUCCUAAAUCUCUCCGAAGCCACAAUUCAAACGUUUAGGGAGAAAAACUGUCAAAUCAGAAGUCUUUAAAGCUUCACGUGACCAGUUCAAAGCGCGGGAAAGUAAAACGCGUGCGACCAAGUUGUGAUUGUUGUUGGGUUUUGACACGGAUGAGUUUGGCACGUAGCCAAAGUAAAAAGGUCGUCCAUUAGACGGCGGUGGAAUCAUCGGGCUUCUAAUGCACACAGGCAAUUAAACUUGUUAUGAAAGAUACGGCAAUUUUUGUUUUUUUUGGUGGUUUCAUAGAAAAGAUAAAGUUGUAUUUAUAAUUGUUUGUCUCACGCGUCAGUCAUCGUCAAGUGUUAUUAUUGUCAGUGUUGGCAGUACGUUAUUUUCUCUUCAAGGACGACAGAACAAGUAAGCAAAAUGUUCCCCUUUGCUUUUUCUGACACAUCGUGGAAAUGUAAUACACAUGGUUACAUGAACAACACAGUUCUUAAGUCUAAAUCCUCUUCAACGUCUGUCAUUUGAUAAAGCCUUUAACGUCUGUCAUUUUAUAAAGCCUUCAACGUCUGUCAUUUUAUAAAGCCUUUAAGGAUCAA